UAUAUAUAUAUAUAUAUAUAUAUUAGGCUGAAUGAAAAAUCUAUGUUUAACUGAAAUUUGAUUGAUGGAAACAGAAGAGACAUACAUAAAGCAGCUAGUCUGAAUUCUAUAGGAGGCAUGCAUUACCUAUAAUGUCUAAAUUUUAGAAGAAUUAAAGUCCUGAUCAUUAAUAGCAUAAUAUUCUGCUUCAUAAUGUAACAACUAAUGGAUUAUACACAAUUUUUCAGAAAGUCGGACCGAUGUUUAACUGUUAAAACACAGAAAAUGCUCACUGUCUUGAAUUCUGCUAUGUAACGCUGAGUUUUUCAGACAAUGGAUUUUAUCUCACUGUGAUUGCAUAACUAAACAUAAAUAUUCCACCCAGUUAAUCGUAAAAUAGUGAUUUAACUGAGAGUCUAUACAGUAUGUGGAUUACAUGAAGACUAAAGGACUACAUAUAAGGAUCUAGGAAGGAGUCGAAAUGGAUGAAGACUCUCGAUUCUCUACGACAUCAUCUGCAUCGAUGAAGCAACCGACGCAUUUAUUCCCUCCUUCUCUGCCAAUACCACCUUAUCCUGCUCCAGACUUGAUCCCGGUUAAACUGCAGACAAGAAGAACAUCAGCGCCGACAACAUCUCAUAAAUGUUAUUAUGACAUCAAUAAAAGUCACAGAAAUAAUAAUUAUAACAACAGAAAUUUGGAUAAGCAUUGUUUAAGAACAAGUGAAAAUCUAGGCAAUUUAUUGCCUAGUGAAUACUCCCCUGAUAGUCCACCACAAUCACUUGCAGGCGAAAGUAUUUCUUAUUCAGAAUUCGACAGUCUUUUUCUUGCUAAUGAACACUUGUCAGUAAACAGUAGUCUGACAAGUAAAAUUCAAGACUGCACAACAUUUAGAUCGAACUGGUCGCACAAUAGUGAAGAAAGUCUUUUAACAGCACUCGUAAGAUGUCAGAAAGUCACAAGAAAAAAUAUGGCAACAAAACAAAAUAUGUCAAGGAAUAAUGAAUUAUCUGUGUCCAACCAAAAUAAAUUAUCAGUGCCUGAAGGAAAUCAUUCAGCUAAUUGUCAGAAUGUAGUGGAUUACAGUCAAAAUGGCGUCAAACCAUGUAUUUUGACUAAUAUAACUAAAGAAAUGAUAAGUUCCAGUGAAAGUGAAAAGCAUAAAACUAUUCGAAGACGGAUAACAAUAGCUGGUGAACAUCCUUCUGUUCCACAUUCACGGAAACCUACAUCUCUCCAACAACAACAAACGCAUAAUUCUAAUCACAACAGCCGCAUCUCAAAAAGAUCCAGUGAUUCACAAAAUCUAGGCAAGGUAGCGCUGGCAAAACAAAGCUGGGAAAAUUACUUUACACCUAAACCUCCUCGUAUUGCAAGAAAUAAAACCACUGAAGGUGAACGCAUUACACGACCAGUUAGUGUAUGUAUAACUCAGGAUAUGGGACAAUACCAGAGAUCUAGUAGUGUCGACUGUACAUAUCAAGACUAUAAGAUUAAAGACACUUUUGAAAAUAAAACAAUUACAAAUAAUUUUGACAAGCAGUUUAGUAAUGGUUAUAAUGAACACUUAAGCAUCCCGAAAUAUAAAUCCAUAUCGACCCCUGUAAGUCCGAUCUUUUCAGCGUGUGAUUCACCUAGAACUCUUUCACCUGCCAAAAGAUCGACUGUCACUUAUGAAGAAAAUAGGAAUAUAGACUGCACAGAAUCAAAGCAUACAUGUAAAGGCUAUUUACCAAGGUUUAAUCAUCCUGCUUCUGUUGAUGAUAAUUUAAAUUGUCUUAAUCAGAAGCCUGAUCGACUGGUCUACAACACACCUGAAUUGUGCAGCUUAGAGAUCACAAACGAUAGAAAUUCAAGUUCUACUCUGACCCUUACUGAAAAUACUACAACAACAACCAAAGAUCCUAAUCAAGUUACGCGGUUGAAUCAACCAACCGGACAGAAUACUUUCAACAGUAAUGAAAUCUCAACAAAUGACAGUGGAAUUAUGAAACGUUUAUGCACAAGUGAUAUACACUAUCCUAAUUUUAAUGUUGAAGAAAUUACAGAAAACGGCUACACUCCUAAACGUCCGUUGUCUGUUACCAUCAAACGUCAUUGUAUUCAAUUUCCUACACUUAAUUCAAAUGACAGAAAGUCAAGUUUGUCUUCCACCAACUCGUCAAAUGACUAUGAUAAUAAUAAUAAUAUUAAUAAUAAUGACGAUUGUGAUAUAUUUAGUGACAAAAGUAAAAACCUUAUAGAAAGUAAAUCUCCCUAUGCAACAGCAGAAAAUAUACAGACAGACUUCACUUCAAACAAUCACUCUCAUUGGUCAAGACUGCAUGUUGAAAAAAACAGAUUACUUGAAAAUUUGAAAGUGAAUCUCUCAAACAAAAACACACCAAUUGACCACUUAACACUGCCAUCAGAUAAGCGUAGUACACUGAUCAGAUCAUAUUCAGCAGAUAAUAAUCCUAACCGAGCUCAUUCAAGAAAUAAUUCAUCACCAGCUGGAAUUGAAAGAUCAGAAUCAUUUCAUAAAGUAAUUAAUCAUAUAUCACACAGUGUAAAAUCCAAUCAGAAACCGCCGUCACCUUAUAGUAUUUCUGUUAAUUAUAACGAUAAUAAAUCAGGAUAUUCUUCAUCUCCAAUUUCUCCUAUCUCCGUUAGUGUUUCUCUAUCACCAAGAUUAGUACAGAAUGAUUCGAUUCACCUAUCAAAUAACAAAAAGCAUUAUGUCUCAUCUAAAGAAUGUCAUCAGCUGAAAACCAAUAUAAGACAGGAAAAGAUUUCAAAUAAACAGUCAGUGAAUUUAUCAAGUGUUUCUCCGCAUUUACCAAAAAUUUGUGCAAACAAAGUCGUAUUGUGUCAAAGCAAAUCAAAUAAUUGUUAUGAAUAUGGUGAUGACUCCGAUGAGGAUGACAAUGAAAAUUCCAGAGUUGACAAAGUUAACUGUACAGUAGAAAAAAUGUCGUUAUCACCUGCAGCAAGACGUUAUGAAGAACACGUGUUAGCUACUGUUUCUGGAAAGGCCUACAAUAAACCUGGACAUCAAAUCUUUUUUAAUAAUAAUCAUAACAAUGUGAAUAGUAGUAUGCCAUAUCAGAAUUUAUUGAAAAAAGUGAAAAUAUCCCCUGACUAUCUGCAAAAUAAUAAUAAACUGAUAACUACAAAUAAUAAUUAUAAUAACUGUCGAGAUUAUGACGAAGAAAGUGAUUCAGUUGUUGACCAACUUCAAGAUGACUUGAAUUAUGCAGAAAUUUGGCGGGAGAAACUCGGCGCUAUAACUCGUUGGAAACGCGAAGUAGACAAAGCUAUGUUGGCCGGUGAAACAGAUAUUAAAGAGAUUCUAUGCAAUCCAGAAACAUCAAUUUAUGAUAGUUGUGUUGAAAAUAAAUACAGCCUAAUUAAUACACCAAAUAAUAAUCAUGAAGUUAAUACUUACCUACAACCAUUACCAGUUCAAGUGAACCCAUUCUCUCCAAAUGAACUAUGCCCAUCACCAAGGGAUUUGCAAAGACAAUUUCUACCCUGUAAUAUUAUACCAUUAAAACAGUCUCAGACAUUUGUUAAACCUUUCAAUGGAAGUGGGACGGAACAAUGUCAAAAUGUUUCAUUCAACAAUGUAGCACAGCAAGCAUUCCAGAUAAGACCGGAAGCGUUGAAAAAUUUAACUCCUACCAAUAAUCUCAUUCAGAAUAAUCAGAUUUGUAUGCCGACUACUCAAAAGAAUUACCAACAGCCAAAUUAUUCUGUACCAGCAAAGGUUGUCAUUCAUCCCAACAUGGUCGCAAAUGAUUACCUAAAUCAGCGAAACAACGGUCAGCUAGAUGGUUCACCACAGUUCAAUCCACAGUAUCAACAAAUAAGGUUAAAAGCACCUAUUCCGCAUGUUUCAACAACAAGACAAAGAGUAAAUUCUGGAGGUGCUAUACUCCUACAACCAGUUCAACAAACACCAAAUCAUACAAACAUGCCCUACUAUACAUCUAAUAUUCCUGUCAACAGAGAAAUAAGUAGCCAAUCACCAACACAUUUAAAACAUGAGUCAAAUUUAAUUAUUCCAAAUGAAAAAUCCUCCCCUAAUGUUUCAAAUAAAAAUCCAACAAUUAGAACAUUUCGAAAUUUUUUCACACCAAAACUUCGACGUAAAACUUACGAGUUGGAUAAAACAGAACCAGUUGUGUAUAAUAAACAAAAUCUUUUCUCUUCAACAAAUACUCCGCAAAACAGUACAGGACCGAAUGUAGGAAAUAAUGCCAGAGAAAAUAUGACAGGAAACAACUUUCCAGUACAAAAUAACCAGUAUAAAAAGAUUACACCAUCGACCUCAUAUACAGAUGCUUUGAAUCUAGCUGUUGCUGCCAAUGCUGCAUUAAGCGAAGCAUUCCAUCAGUCAACACCUCCUACGGAUACCUUUCAAAGGACCUCCUCUACCAAUCACAUCACGCCCUUAAAAACACAAAAAUGCAAAACUCAGACUUCAACGGUUCUUCCAGAAUCUCUCAAUACUGAUGAACAAGCUGCAAGUGAAAUAAGUCCUUUGCCGAAUGAGAUUGUGCAAACAGAAAAUAAAAACAGAUUUUCGCAUGGAGGUAAAUUUAUCAAGCACCAAAAGAAUAUGUCUCUUUCACCUAUUUCAUCAACUGUUCAAUCCAGCCAAGGCGACAAAUCACCCAUAGGGAAAUGGACUGGUACAAAUAAGUCACAAAACUUAACAGUAGAACAAAUAUUUAAUACAGAGUCGAAGAAUGGAAGCCCAAAACCAUUGAUCAAUGAUAAGAAACCCAGUGACUCAAUAAACCCAAGUACUGAAACCAGACGUCCUCAAGGUCGUCUCCGUUCUACUCUUCGCCAUGCUGUUACACUUAGUCCUUGCCGCCGUAAACCAGAUUUGCAAUCAGAACAGUGGAAUGGGGCAUAUUUAGAACCAGGUUCAUUAGCCUUGAGUUCUGGUUUUGUGUCGGCUGGUUCUAUUGUGAAUGCAGCUGAGGAUUCAACUUGGCAGAUGAAUAAAGACGAACCUCCAGGAUCGUCACCUAAAGUGAAAGCUAUUCCACCGCCGGUUAAUGUCUACGAUUACCCUAUCGUCACAAAUUUGGAGAAAGAUUUAAAUACAAUUGACUGUCUAAUCAAUGAUACACAAAAUACACAAGAUGAACAUGUUUCACAAAUAAAAUCACAUCAAGAUUUGAAAAUGUCGUCGAAUCCUACGAAUAUUAACUCAGUGAAACAGCAACGAUCAGUGGAUAAUAGAAUCCCACCACUACAAACUUUACCCCCAUGCAAGUUAUUACUUGGUCGUGUAGCUUCAAAUGAAGAUAUAUGCAUUGAAACUGAAACACCAUUUGCAUUUAAUAUAGCCGCUACUGAUAAGGAGAUUUGUAUUACACGAGUGGCCUCCGUAGGAGAUCUUGAAUAUCAACAACAGCAACAACAACCACAGAUAGAGAAUCAAGAAGAUCCAUCAUCGACAAAUGUAGAUGGACAGAAAUAUCAAAAUUCUCAAUCAAUAAACAAGAAGAAGAAGAAAGGAAUUCCAAUCAGUUUACGUUUAACAUUUGGUUCUGAAUCAAAGCUAAAUAAAUCAACUUCACUAAACACUGCUGGUGAAGAGCAAGCAAUCACAUCACAAAUGAAAAAUUACCGUGCAAUGUACUAUGUGGAUAUACCACAAGGCUGCAGAACAGGUGAGCUACGCAGAAAGACAAAUCGACACAAAAGUGCUUCUAGUGUACCAAAUGUCACAAGGUACAGUCUUCCAUGUAUAAGUUAUUGUGAAGAAUUACCCAAGCCGAUUUCAUUACUUCCACCCUUGACUGUAGAGAAGAACCGGUGAAUGUAUGUAGAGCAUGAUAUUAGGUGAAGAAAAUACAUAUACAUAUACAUAGUGUAAAAACUAUCAAACUAGAAUGAUUUGCCAUAACCUCUUGGUAAAAUGGCAAUUGUAUUAUCACAAAGCAUGCAAUAAUUUCAAAAACUAGGUUUGUAUAAAUAUUUACAUUAAAACGUUUUUUUAUUAAAAUAUCUUACUUACUGCAUACCCUCAUUUUCAUUAAUGCAGUAAAAUAAUCUUAAAUAUUAAUACACAUAUUUCAUUUUACCCAUUGAAUGAAAUUAACCAAAAAGAAAUGGUUAUGCUUAUAAAAAACACUUGCUGGUCAAAUGUAUUCUCGUUAUAAAUAUCACUGCUAACAGAUAAUCUCUAAAUGUCCAAAACUAGGAAGAUUAGGACAUUUAUAAAUAAAUAAAUAAAUUACUUAUUAGUGAAAUUUUCUGUGGGCUUUUAUUAGAAAACUUUGUUACCCUUGUUAUAUCAAGACGAAACAUUUCUAUUUACUAUAUAUAUAUAUAUAUACAAAUGUGUCAUUAUACGGUAACAGAUCACUUACAAAUCUACUUCGUCUUUAUUUCAAUUAACACUGUAAAACAACUACCUUAUACGAAAAGAAGAAAUUAUAUAACUCAAAUUGUCUGAAAACCCACUGAAGAAGACAAUCAGAUUUUCUUUUCCAUCCUUUUGUCUCUUUCAUGAUCAGUUCAGAUUUCCUACCUUUCUUCCCUCCUUCCUUACUUCUUUAAAAGGUUUUUUGAACAUUCAGAUGAAGAGAAUAAAUCAACAUUGAAUUUUAAUACAAUAUACCUUCGCGUUUUGUUGUUGUUAUUGUUGUUCCUGCUGCUUGUUUUGAAUAAGAAGUUUAUUUAUCUUAUUUAUUUGAAAAAAAAG